CGUGGCGUGAGCCACCUCCGAAGCUACGACUGGACCAGAUGUCCUUGGUCAUGCCCCAAUGUAAUAUGUAUCGUGUCAAGUAGUCCAUUCAUAUAUUCAUCCAUAAUUAUAUAGAGCAUCUCAAAAUGGCAGUAUUAUUAAACCACUCUUACUCAAACCACAUACUUAACAUGGUGUCAGGUGUAAAAUAGUAGUAAAAGUUAUAACACGUUUCUUUACUAAGGUGAACAUGGAAAAUUUCAAGCCCCCAUCAUCAUUGAAUCUAAGCGAAGACGUCGCAGAGAACUGGAAGUUAUUUAAACAACGAUUCCAAAUAUUUUUGGAGGCAACCGAAUAUACUAAAAAAUCGGGGUCAGUUCAAGUGGCUAUGUUAUUAAACACGAUCGGUGACGAUGGGCUGCAGCUGUUCAAUACAUUUAAUCUCUCGAAUGAAGACAGAAAAGAUAUUGGGAAAGUGUUACAAUGCUUCGAAGACCACUGCAUACCGAGAAAGAAUCAGGUCUUUAACAGAUACAAAUUCUUUAACCGCAACCAGGCGGAGGGUGAGUCAUUCGAUAACUUUCUUACAGAUUUAAAGAAAAUAGCAAAAAUAUGUGAGUUUGAAAAACAAGAAGAGAGCCUGGUGCGGGAUAAAAUAAUACUGGGCAUUAGAGAUAGAGGACUACAGGAAGCACUGUUGAGAGAAGCUGACAUAAAUCUGGAGAAGGCUAGCAACUUGUGCCGAGCAGCUGAAGUCAGCAAACAACAGGUGAAAUUAAUGCGUGAAGGUAAAGGAAAUGAACUAAAUAUUAAUAAAUUAAAAAUUGGACAUAGUAAAAAAGGGACCAAUAGCGGUAGUUCUGAAAAUGGUCAUAAUGAUAACUAUCAGUGUAAAAAAUGUGGUAAGACUCAUGCAAUUCGUGCUUGUCCUGCCUAUGGGCUUAAAUGUAACCAGUGUGGUCGGUUUAACCAUUUUAAAGUAGGGUGUAAACAGGCUAGGGCGACACAAGUCGGGCGAUGGAGAAAAGCUGACAAAAAAGGUGUCAACGAAUUAGAUUUUAAUAAUGAACGAGAUGAACCUGAACAGGCAUGGUUUACAAACGAAUUGACAGUGCGAAGUAUAAAAUCAGGUGCUUUAAGUAAAAGUUGGACACAUGCGAUAAUGUUAGACAAUCGGUUAUCGGUGGACUUUAAAAUUGAUACAGGAGCAGACAUUAAUGUUCUUCCGUAUAAUUAUUAUAAGACUUAUUUUAGCAGGUUUAGCCUAAAGGAGACUAAUUCUGUGUUAAUAGCAUAUGGUGGUACUAAAAUUGAAACUUUCGGUAUUGUUAAAAUUCCGUGUAAAGUAAGUGAUUCGGUCGAGACUUCGAUUUCAUUUGUGGUUGCUAAAGUUAAUGCAAAGCCAAUACUAGGGUUAUCAACUGCUGUUGACAUGAACUUAGUAAAACGGGUUAACAAUGUGUCAAAUAGCUUGGAUAAUGACAAUAUUUUUACUAAAUAUAAAAAUGUAUUUUUAGGUUUGGGUAAGCUGCCUUUUAAUUACAAAAUUUGCCUCUCGGAGAAUGCAGUUCCUACUGUAAAGCCAGCUCGAAGAUAUGCCUCCUGCAUAAAGGAAAAACUGCAAGCAGCGUUAAAAACAUUAGAAGACCAGACCAUCAUAUCCAAGGUGACGCGACCAACUGACUGGGUGAAUGAUAUAAUAAUCGUGGAGAAGAAAAAUGGGUCCAUACGAAUAUGCCUCAACCCAUCGCAGUUAAAUAAGGUUAUCAAGAGAGAACAUCAUGUAAUACCGACAAUGGAAGAGCUUCGUACAAACUUAGCUGGUAAAAAAGUCUUUAGUGUAUUAGAUAUGAAGGAUGGGUUUCAUCAAAUACCUCUUGAUGAUGAAUCAUCUUACCUAUGUACCUUUGCAACACCGUUUGGUCGUUACAAAUAUAACAGAUUACCUUUUGGUUUAAGUUCAAGCCCUGAAAUAUUUCAAAGGGAAUUAGAACGUAUUUUUGGUGAUUUGGAAGGUGUACAGGUAUACUUCGAUGAUCUCAUAAUAGCAGCAGAGGACGAGGUAACUCAUGACAAAAUCUUUAGUAAAGUAAUGGAUAAAGCGAGUCAAUAUAAUGUAAAAUUUAACUACUCUAAGAUUCAGUAUAAAGUUGGGAAAGUUAUGUACUUAGGUUUAAUAUUUAAUGAACAGGGUGUUCGUCCUGAUAGCAAACAGUUAGAAGCUAUUGCUAAGAUGCCUAAUCCAGUUAAUAAAAAAGAGCUUCAGAGAUUUUUAGGAUUAGUCAAUUAUUUCCACUCUUUUAUACCAAAAUUAUCUGAAUUAACGAAUUCAUUAAGGUUAUUGUUAAGAACUAACCAAGAUUGGCAGUGGACCAACAGGCAACAAACAGCAGUAGAUCAAAUAAAAUUAAAAUUAAUUAAUAUCACGACUUUAAAGCAUUUUAAUCCAAAAGAAAAUAUAGUAAUUCAAACUGAUGCGAGUAAUCAUGGAAUUGGUUGUGCCUUGUUGCAAAACAAAAGACCAGUCGCAUUCGCGUCUAGAUCCUUAAAUAAUAGUGAAAAGAAUUAUUCUGUUCUAGAGAAAGAGUUGCUUGCAAUUGUGUUCGCAUUAAAUCGAUUUCAUCAACUGGUGUAUGGUCACAAUGUAUUAAUUGAAACUGAUCAUAAACCGUUGAUUAGCAUAUUCAGUAAAUGUAUUCAUAAAAGUACCAAUCGUAUUCAGAGAUUGAAAUUAAAAGUACUUAAGUAUCAAUUUACUGUAAAAUACUUGCCAGGUGCACAAAUGGUGUUGGCAGAUCAUCUUUCACGAUCAUUCAUAACAGAAAAUGUUAAUGAUGAUCCUGAUAUGAGUGACAUUGUUCAUAGUUUGACUUUAAGCGAAUUUCUAUCCAUUCCGGAUAAAAAUUUAAUGAAAAUUGCAGAAGAGACAAAACGUGAUUUGACUCUCACGCAAGUUAUUGAGAAUAUUAACCAAAAUUGGAGUAAAUUUAACAAAAAGAUAUCUAGUAAUAGUUUGUUAAGAUUUUACAAAAUCCGUGAAGAAUUGUAUGUUAAUGACGAUAUCUUAAUGUGUGAUCAAAAAAUAGUUGUACCAAUUAGUUUACAAAAUUACUUAUUAUCACUUGCUCAUGGAAAAGCUCACUUAGGUAUAGUAAAGUGUAAGCAGCGGCUUAGAAAAACGUAUUAUUGGCCUUCAAUAAGUCAAGACAUAGAGCAUUUUGUUAAAAAAUGUCGUCUGUGCGAACAUUAUCAAAAAUCGUGUAACAAUGAACCUUUGCUGCAACAUGAAAUUCCAAAGUAUCCUUUUCAUAAAAUUGGAAUUGACAUAGCAGAAUAUGCAAAAAGGAAUUAUUUAAUAGUAGUUGACUAUUUAUCAAAAUGGUUAGAAAUACUACCGUUAAAUAACAAAACUAUUACGGAAAUUGUAAGCAGGCUUUUUCCUGUGUUCGCAACACAUGGAAUGCCGAAACAAAUCAUUUGUGACAAUGUUCCAUUUAACAGUAGUCAAUUUAGAACAUUUUGUAAUACACAUAAUAUACAGCUCCAGUUCUCCAGUCUAUACUAUGCUAAAAGUAAUGGUUUGGCAGAAAGGGGAGUAGGUAUUGCUAAAUUGAUAAUUAAAAAAUGUAAUAAUGUCAAUGAAAUUAACGAAGCACUGUUAGAUUAUAGAGCAACACCUGUGGCGGGGGUAGAUUAUAGUCCAUCACAAAUUCUGAUGAGUAGACUAUUAAAUACUAACUUACCGAUUAAACAAGAACUGUUAAAACCAAAGGUGGUGUACGAAGAUGCUUACAGUAAGUUGAGCGAUAGAAAUGUACAAAUUAAAUUGAAUUAUGAUAAAAAGGCAAGUGAACGGCCGCUAUUUCAAAAGGAUCAAAAUGUUGCUUUACAAAAUCCUUUAACCAAGUUAUGGGAGCCUGCAAAAAUAAUUACUCCUACAACCAAUCCAAGAUCGUACAUGGUCCAAAAUCAGCACAACAAACUUGUUAUUAGAAAUUCAAAGCACAUUCGUACUUCGCCCAAUGCACUUAUGUACAUGUCAGACAAUGUAAAUGAAAAUGUAGUUAGUGACGAUGAUGUAAAUCCAGAUCUGAUCUCGGAAAGUGGUAAUGACAAAAGUCUUGAAAUAAAUAACGAGCCUCAACAAAAUGUGACCCGAUCUGGAAGACACAUUCAGAAACCUUCUUAUCUUAAUGAAUUUGUAAAGUAGUCUUAACUCAAUAGGAAGGUGUGAUAUAUGACAGCGUGGCGUGAGCCACCUCCGAAGCUACGACUGUACCAGACGUCCUUGGC